CAGGUGUCUGAGGAGCUAAGCAGCUAGCAGGAAUUCAAGGUGACAUUAGCAAAAAAAACGGUGAGGGCAACGCUGUCUGAGAUGUUGGUUAGCUAGCAAACAGCAGCUAGCUGGCUGGAGACGAUGCUGCAUUCAGACUCCUAGUCCUUGUUUUUUACCUGCUGCAGAUGGAGAUCAGCGGUGCCAGGUACAGAAGACAUCACGACUGUCCUUUCAUCUCCUUUGGGUUCAACGUGGGACAGAUGGUCAACCCUGUGAUAGACUGGUGACCUGUCCAGGUGUCCCUGUCUUCACCCUAAGUCAGCUGGGAUAGACUCCAGCCCCUCGGACCCUAAUGAGGAUUAAGCGGUGUGGGCUUUCGUGAACGAGCGGCUGACAGCUGCUGCCGAGGAAAUAUUUCAGGUUUUUGAAAAAACCAUCGCGAAAUAUGAAGAAGAAGCUUCCAGCUCCAAGCAGGAGAUCGAGCGACUGAGAGGUCUGCUGCUGGACUUCAUGUCAAACCAGAAGACAGGCGUCACUCAGACAUCUAUAUGUAAAGAUGAAACUCCCUCUGAGCUGGAGCCGAGUCUCAGCCUCCAUCAGGAUCCAGAUCCAGAGUGUCGACACAUCAAACAGGAAGAUCAUGAACUCUGGGCUGAUCAGCAACAAGAAGACGACCAGCAGGUGGGAGACUUUAAUGACCCUAAUGUCUUAUACCCUCCUCGCUCUUCUGUCUGGGAGGAAAAUGAGCAGGAGGACACUAAGCCUUCUCUGCAACCUCAGAUUCAAAACUCUGAACACGAGGAGGAGUUUGAGGAGCUGCAGGAAGCUAAAACGGUGCAUUUUAUAUCACCUCUUGGCUUCAGCGCUUCUCCACAAACUCUAAUCCUGAAUGAAAAUGUCCAAGAUGGAAGGGAAAGUGACAGACCUGCUGCAAGUGUUACUGCAGACCAAACACAGACUGAACAAAGUCAGACUUUUUAUAGCAUUUCUGCUGAGUUAUCUCAGUUAAACUCAGUUGCACCGGACUAUCCUUGCUAUUUGUGCAGCAAAUCUUUCUCCUCCAGUCAUCAUUUGAUAAAUCACGCUUUACGCGUUCAUUCGAAGGACGAAGACGUCAUCUGCGCUGUGUGUGGAAAAACCUUAACGUCACCUGAGAGUCUUAACGUGCACCUUCAGUCCCACAAGGGCUCAAAAUGUUGUCACAUGUGCGGGAAACACUGCAACAGCACGACGGCUCUGACCGAACACAUGGCGAGCCACGCCGGAGUGAAGCUGCAUCGCUGCCACGUCUGCGGGAAAGAGUGCAGCCGGAAAGGAGACUUAAAGAUCCACAUGAGGAUUCACACAGGAGAGAAGCCUUUCUGCUGCUCCUUCUGCUGCAAGAGUUUCACCCACAGCGGACAUCUGAGGAAGCACAUGAGGAGCCACACGGGAGAACGACCGCACCGGUGUGGAGUCUGCGGUCGAGGGUUUCUGCAGAGCGCUCACCUGAAAUACCACCUGGGGACUCACGCUCACAAAUGCUGAGUUUUUCAUCCUCUUGGACUCAUAAAUAAUCAAUAAAUGUUCUAAAUAGAGAACUAAAGGGAAAAAUGUUUUGUGCUGACUGUUAGCAGUAAGACGCAUUUAUUAUUUAACUUAAAACAAAGUGUAAAAGUAACAUUUAGGAGCAGAUAUCAGGUGAUUAGUCACUUAGGACAGCCAAUCAGAGGCGACAACUGACCCUGUCGUAUUCUUAAUUCUUUUAUAAAAUAAAUUGUACUCAAAGAUGUUUGUAUUAAAAAAAAAAUGUUUAUGAUCAGAAAAUAAAUCCUGCAAUUGAUUUUCCUGACAAAACAAUCAGUGUUUAAAUGAAAAUGAGUGAAGACAGAAGACAAGCUCUAAAAAAACCAAUACCAGUUUGUUUUUCAAAGUUGUAGUCCUUUUAAAAUAUGCAAUUAUUGUUAAAUAAAUUAGUAUUUUAUUAAUUUUAAUAAAGAAUAUUUUUAAAUGUUAAGAUAUUUGAUCAGUAGCUCUUAAGUCUGCAGUUGGCAUCAUUUCUCACCUUUUUAAGUCCAAAAUUUCACUUUCAGCAGUUCCAACUCAGCUUCACUGAAUCAUUUACAGAACCUGUAUUCUGGACUCUGUUCUGAGCAAUAAAUAACACUGCUGAUACAUCAAGAAAAUAAA